AUGCUGAUUCCAUCUGUGGGAGAGAAGCCAGUUAAGAGCCUGGGCAAGAUCUAUGACUGCACCUUGAAGGACACCGCAGCACUCCAAGCAACAUCAGAGGAGUUGGGAACCUGGCUGACAGCAGUGGAUAAGUCAGGAUUACCAGGCAAGUUUAAAGCAUGGAUCUACCAACAUGGCAUCCUGCCACGACUUCUCUGGCCACUGCUGGUCUAUGAUGUGCCACUGACCACCGUGGAGUGCUUCGAGAGGAAGGUCAGCUGUUUCCUGCGGAAGUGGUUGGGCUUACCACGAAGCCUCAGCAGCAUCGCCUUGUACGGGAGGAACAACAAGCUGAAACUGCCCUUCAGUAGUCUGACAGAGGAGUUUAUGGUCACCCGAGCAAGAGAGGUGCUGCUGUAUAGGGACUCCAGUGACGUCAAAGUCUCCUCGGCUGGCAUAGAAGUAAGAACCGGCAGGAAGUGGAAGGCUCAUGAGGCAGUCAACCAGGCUGAGUUCCGCUUGCAACACAGUGAGCUGGUGGGAACAGUGGCGUCCGGACGGUCAGGUCUCGGGAGCAACCCAAGACCUCACCUCAUCAAGGCCCAGGGAAAGGAAAGGCGUCAGCUGAUCCAGGAGGAGGUCCGAGCAGGGGUGGAGGAAGCCCGCUGCACUAGGACAGUAGGGAUGCGGCAGCAGGGGGCGUGGACCCGAUGGGAGGAGGCAGCUGACCGGAAGAUAUCGUGGACAGAGCUAUGGCGAUCUGAGCCACACCGGAUCAAGUUCCUCAUCCAGUCGGUGUACGAUGUCCUCCCAAGCCCGUCCAACCUUCUCCGCUGGGGCCUGGCUGAGAAUCCACUGUGCCCUCUCUGUCAGAGUGCUGGAUCACUGGAGCACAUCCUGAGCUGCUGCCCAAGGGCGCUGGGGGACGGGCGCUACCGCUGGCGCCAUGACCAAGUGUUGCGGGUCAUCGCAGAGGUCAUCAGCACAGGGAUCUCCACCAGUAAACACCAACAACCAACAAGGCAGUCCAUCGCCUUUGUUAGGGCUGGGGAGAAGCCACAGCAGUGCCGGAGUCAAGCAGGGGGGCUGCUGGCAACAGCUCGAGACUGGCAGCUGAAAGUCGACCUAGGGAGACAGCUCAAAUUCCCGGAGAACAUCGCAGUGACCACACUCAGGCCAGACAUGGUCCUGGUGUCAGAAACAACUAAGCAAGUGGUCCUGCUGGAGUUGACUGUUCCCUGGGAAGACCGGAUGGAGGAGGCCUUUGAGAGGAAGAGGGCCAAGUUUGAGGAGCUGGCAGGCGAAUGCCGAAGCAGAGGAUGGAGGGCCCGAUGCAACCCCAUCGAGGUCGGGUGCAGAGGAUUCGUAGGCCAGUCUCUCAUCAGAGCACUCAGGAUUUUGGGAGUGAAGGGACAGCACAACAGAAGAGCCAUCAAAAACAUCACUGACGCGGCAGCAAAGGCGUCCAGAUGGCUGUGGAUCAAGCGGGGAGAUCCAUGGACAACUAAAGCUACUUAG